GAUAUCCAAUCAUCACCAGCUGCUGCCAUGGAACGAGUUCUGACCACAGUGUCUAUAGAAAGUGAGAAGCAGAAAGAAGCACAACCUUUACCUUUAGUAGACUCGACCCCCAUUCGGGUCCCCACAAAAAGACCGGCAGAGACCACUAGUGGCCCUGGAAGGCCACCAGAGAAAAGACGGCCAGGGAGGCCUCCACUACAUCCAAAUGUGCAGGCACCAGUAAUGGAGAAGGAAAGUCGGACUGAACGCCAGUCCCCCACUGGAGGGGGCCUUCAUUUGCCAGUUUUAAAAGCAGAAAAAACUUUGACUGCACAAGUAAGUUGUCUACUUUCAUUCUCUAAAAAUU